GGGCGGAGGCGGCGUCAUCGCCGUAGAAGGAAGCGUGAAUGUAUGGCUGUCAUGUGUCAUCCACUCGGGCUUGUGGUCAGCUGACAUAUUGGGGACGCUUGCUAUGUUUACUUUCUGCAUGUAACACGUAAACUUGCGCUUAUUUGAAUGAAUGCAUCGCUAUGCUUCGCCGAGGAGAACCAUGGUAGUCGUGAACUCGGUGCUGAAGCUGUUACAGAGGCAGACGUACACCUGUCUGUCCCACCGAUAUGGACUCUACCUCUGCUUUGGGGGGCUCGUCCUCAUGAUAGUUUCCGCCUUUCAGUUUGGAGAGGUAAAGCCCUUCUAUUUUCUUUAUUUUAGAUACUGUUAGGCACCUAGCUCUGUUUCUAAACCAGGUGAGAAACAGCCAUUUUUGGCAAACAGGGGCGCCGACUAACCAGACUCCACUUAAAAACUGUGUUAUUUUUGGCGAUUUCGCUUGUAACUAAACCUCUUUGCUUGUAGUUAUAUUGUGGAAAAGAUAUAUCAAUAUUUAUAGUGUUCUUGUCAAUUCGGCAUUAUAAUAACAUACCUAGCGCACUGUUUUUUGUUUUUAAAGCUUUAAAUUACCUUAAAAGGUCCAAUUGUCUGCCCUCACUGUUUAAAAGUACAAGUUCAUUAUCAUUUGUACAACAGCCAGUUCCAAACAAGUCAUCUGAUUGGACAAGAAUUCCAUUGUGCCGCUAUAAAGCGUAACAUCACUAUCAAUAAGCACUGUGUAUCGGUCCACCUCAGCCUGCUGCUCUCAAUAUAGUAAACUAACAUUUCAGUAGACAGUGUUUGUUGAAGAGGUCAACCGAUCAGCAUGCCGAUAUUCAGUCUGUAUCGGUAUUUUAUUAAGAAUAUUAUAUUUGUCAUAAUCACAUAUCCCGAAGUGUGAUUUUUAAUGGUACUGUAUGAUUUUUACACUAGUGAUAACUCUAUCUGAGCACUUGAACUCAUGCUAACUGUUAAUUCCUGUUUAUUUUGUUGUUAAUUACAGUUUUGAUCAAGCUUUUGUUAAAAGUGUUUAAAGAAAGAGAUCACUAUUUUAUCUCUAAACCAGUGGUUCUUAACCAGGGUUCUACCGAACCCUAGGGGUUCGGUGAGUCGGUCUCAGGGGUUCGGCAGAGCCUCUGCCACGGUAGCCUGGCUGGGCCAUCCAGUUGCGUGAAUCACUUGAUGUUCCUUCCCACCACAGUCUGGACUUCGGCCCAUAGAGAGCGUGUAUUCCCAAUCAGAAAAUAACCGGGCCAAUCAGAGAAUGUGUUUCCACUGUUACCCGGACAACAGGGAAAGGCAGCCCCUGAUUGGUCCAUGUGUAGUGGUGAUGUCUAACAUGGUGAUGGUGUUACAUGGUGAUGUAUAUGCUGCGGGACUUUCCGUUCAUUCAGAACGCCGUUAAUUCUGCAAAGUCGUCAGAAAUGGUUUAUAUCAGCAGAAGAUGUCGGAUAUAAACAAUUUCUGCUGACUUUGCAGAGUCAACUGCGGAAUUAACGGCGUUCUAAAUACCUAUGUCUUGAAUUUGGAAAAAAAUCAUAUUUGAUUUAUCACUAAAGAAGGGUUCGGUGAAUGUGCAUAUGAAACUGGUGGGUUCGGUACCUCAUACAGGGUUAAGAACCACUGCUCUAAACUAAUAUUGGGUCCAAAUAUUUGGUAUCAGCCUCAAGUAUUACUUAUAAUUGGUAGUAGUAUCAGCUUAUGGUUGCCUGAUAUCAGUUUUUCCAUGGGCAAUGCUGACACAGAUAAUGGAGAGAGCCAGUCGGCUGAUGUGCUGAAAUCACAUUGUUGUUUUUUAAAUUAUUUUGCUAAUAUUAACAAAAUUGCUGAACUCGAGUUAAUGUUUUAAUAAAUAGAUUAAUAAAGACUACAAAAUAUUUGGCUAAGUUAUAUUUUAUCCAUAAAGUACUUUUGGAUUUCUGCUCAGCUACCCUAAAGCAGAUAUUUACAACACCACUCCCUUCAGUGUGAUGUUGUUUAAUUGUUUUAUUUUAAAUGACAUUUUACUUUUAUGGAGUAUGAUUUCUGUUCCUUAUAAUUCCUAAAAAAAAGUUCAUCAGUCAGGUUGCAUUCGUGGUUAGGUUCGUCUUUCCUGGGCUGUAUGUGAAGUCCAUAUUUCCUCAUUGUUGUAUCGGCUUUGCCUCCUUCUCUUCGUCCAGGUGGUGGUGGAGUGGAGUCGGGACCAGUACCAUGUGUUGUUUGACACUUAUCGAGACAAUGUGGGUGGGAAAUCAUUCCAAAGCAGGUGAGCAAAGAGUGAAUAUGCUCUUAGUGAAGGAUGUGUGGAACUUUAAACAACAAUAUAAUACUCUGAUUUCUGCCUCAGAUGACAGUUUUUUUUCUCUAUCUCUUCAAAGUUUCUAAAUAAAGAUUUAUAUAUUUAAAUAUAUAUGAAAAAGCUCACCCAUUUUCUUUACAAGAUUCCUUCUUUGCACUUAAGACUGCUUGCACCCUCCCUUUGAGAAGAGAAGUUUACGAGGUGUAACCAUGCAUGAGCAAAAUCUCAUUCAGACAAGAGGAGAGUUUAUUUCAGUAAGAGAAACGGGGUCAGCGCUUUGCCGUUUGAGCGCUGUCCUGAGUGAUAUGAGUGCUUUAUUUUUGUAGGCUCUGUCUGCCCAUGCCUAUUGAUGUUGUGUACACAUGGGUGAACGGCACAGACACGGCUUUGCUGAAGGAACUGAAGGCGGUCAAAGAGCAACUGGAAGAGGAACAAAGAGCUAUGAGGUAGCUGUGACUCAACUGUUACAAAGUGUUCCCUCGCUGUGUUUGUGACUUCAAAUACCCAAAAGUGCUUUACAUUUUUACCUGCCGGUGAUGGUCAGAAUUAGCACACAAGCUGAAGUUGUCAUUUUUACCCUGAUUAACUUGAUGAGACCAAAUUUGAGUAAGUCGGAGGAGAGAGCUGCUCUUUUAUAUGAAUCUGCCCCACUCUUCUGUUCCCAGUUAUCUCAUCCUGUCUUAUCUUAUCCCAGCUGCUGCCAUGAAAGAAUACAAUUAAAAAGUGAAGUACUUUUUCACAGUGCUUUAAAGUGUUUUAACUAUGAUUGAAUUACCCUGAUUGGACUAUUUUGUUGCACACAGGGAACGCCUGGGGAAAAAUGCGAGUGAGACAACUGAUGUGCCAAAAGACAGGUGAGUCUGAUGGUAUUUUCUGUGUUUAAGGGUAUGAAGAGCAGAAAGCUUAUUUUAUCAGCAUGUCUGGGAGUGAGGCGUUCAAACCUGACCAUUGUUUUAAGAAAGAGCUGAUUUGUUCUCUUGAUUGCAGGUGUACAUGAACAAGCAGCCACUGAUUAUGCAGCACACUAUCAGAUCUUCUAACCCUGUUUUACCAGUUUUAGAAAACUGUGAUAAAGAAGCAAUGCAACACUUCAUUGUUAGUUGUUAAAACAGGAAGUUAAGGCCAGUUAUACCAUAAGAAGCAAUGAUGCAGCAUUUGUUGUCACACUGAUGUUUGCAGUAGCUGGAAAGACGUAGCUAACUAACAACAGGAAGUAGACACCUUUCUGUUGCACAAACUCAGAUGCAGUUACUGUGGGGUAGAUGUUUCCUGUGUUGACCACCAAAGCAGACCCCCUUUCCCUGUGAGUUUACACCUCACACAAAGAUCUUGAUGCAUCCUUUCCACUAAAGAAGCUGUUAGCUGAACCUGUUAAUGUGACUCAUUUCAUGUGUACGUCUGAGAAGAGAAAAAGUAGUUGUCUGAUUAACGCCAAGGUGCAAACUCAUCGGGGUUUAGUAUCACUCGUGUCUCAUCUUGUGUGCUGUUCUCAGUGUCAAACCAGAAUGCCUGCUGUCUCACUGCAUCAUGGCGCCCAUGCUGGCCCUGGACCCCGCUCUGUCUGCCAACGUUACGCUCAAAGAGCUGCCGACACUCUCUCCUGCCUUCACUGCUGCCAAAGAGCUGCUGAUGAUGAACAAACCUUUCCAGCCGUCCACCUCCGCCUCUGUGGUCGUCUUCCACUCACAGGCUGAUGGUAAAACACCCCCCUCCUCCCCCAGAGAAAUAUAAAAUGAGCAUAAAAUGAGAUUAGGUGAUUUUGUUGCCUCAGAAACCAACGCAAGCAGAAAAUGGCUUCAAAUGAAUCAAAGCAUCAUGUGAGCUUUGAAGCCGCUGGGUAGCUGAAAAUAGCACAGAUUAUCACAAAGAUGGGAAAAAAUAUUUACAGUGCAAAAUGUGUUAUUUGAAGUGUGAUCAAUGAGUAACCAGGACAUGAGAAAUUUGCACUGAGGGGGGAAGAAUUCAGCAUUAACAGAAGCAGCUGCUGCUAAACUCCCACUGAUCUGAACAGCAAAAGUUUGUUUUAAGGUUCGAUGGUUAAAAAAAGUAAAACAAGGAAAAUGCAUCCAGAAGAUUAAGAAUCACAGGAAAGCAGGAAUCGAUUGGUAAAGCAAUGAAACAGUGUUAGCUAUCGACUGAAGAAAUUUAGAGGACAAAAGAAAUGUGUAAAACGUACGAUCAAGAACUUUCGACUGGCUGAUGAAUGACAAAAAACCUUGACGGGCUGCCAGGCUAAAAAAAGAUGUCCCUAAAAAAUGAGCAGAGGUGGAGUCUCUCUGGUUCUCAGACAGACUUGUAUCAAAACAUGAGGGAUAUUACAUAAUCCAAAUCUAAAACCAUGAUAAGUUUGAUAAAAAGCCAAUGGUACAAUAUUAUAGCAGUGUUUCUGAAGGAGAAAGAAAAUGAAGAUGAGGACAAAAAUACUAUUUUUUAGCUCUGAGUAGCUUAUGAAGUGAGCGAGAUGCACACUAAUUUGAUGAGAUUUUGUAACUUUGCAGGGAAUUUCCACCAGAUCUGAGCUCUGUCUGAUAGAUUUCACUCAAGUCAGUUUGUUUACUCCGAGUUGCUUGACUGAUUUGCGUUCCUGCUUCAUCUCGGCUCUUUGAAUCUACAGCCCGUCACAUCAGACAAAGCUUGACUUCUAUUCUUACUGGAUGCCGGAGCACGGCGCAUCAAUCAGCGCAGGGCAGAUCAAAAGAGACACCAAAUGGAUGCUGAAAUACCAGGGCCUGAAUUCACAGUCUGAGAAUCCUCUGAGUAAGCUCUUAACUUCAGCAAGGACUCCUGGCUUAGAAAUAUCUCAGGGUGACUCUGAGCAUAAAAAGAGCAGAAACUCUCUCUCUUAUCAAAUGCACUGACAGCAGUUUGACCUCUUAUGUUAUUUAUGAACCUAAGUUCUGCAAACAUUUGAGCUAAAUUUUCUGUUACAGUGUAAGUCUUAAUUGUGAGGAGCUAAAUACCUCACCCUCCUAUCUGGUGUUGUUGUGUUGGCUUGCACAGUGGCCACAGUUUAGAGCGUACUUCUCUAAUUUCACCAUCUUUCUGCAAUUUCCUCCUCAGCUUGAGAAACUCAGCAGCCUCUUUGCAGUCCUCCUCACUUAUCCUAACGGUUUUUCACCUUCGGAGUUCUCUUACCUGAAUAACUUUUGCCUGUACAAAGAUCUAAUCUGGACUUUUAAAGAAAUUUAUUUUAAAAUGGUAAAAUUCUCAUACUUCUCAUAGAAUUUCGUCACUGAGAGCAACUGAUUAGACAACAAAGCUUUGCAGGGCCAAUUUUCAGACACUCUGUGUUGACGCCAGAUCACAUACCUGUAUCAACAAAACAUCAUAAUUAGCAGGGUCAGGCCUGGAGUCAACAAGGCCGCUUUCAGAGGCCAUGAUGACAGCUGUUUGGAGGGUGAAAGAGCAGGGCGCCAAACCGCAACAUCGUGGAGAGGGACAGAGAUCUGGUCAAAGUCAGGCGUCAGUUUUUUUUUUUUUGUGGCGAACAGGUGAUGAAAGAGAUCAUAACGGGGUCUAAACUUUUGCCCCAGUGUGUUCGCUAACCUUCUGAAUCCUUCGCUGUCAACCACACAAAACAUCUGUCGUUUUAUUAUGUCUUAAUACAAGGUGACCAAAUGCUGUCACAUGAGCUGCUUGGCCGCUACAGUUUCAAAAAUGUCUCUCUGUUCUUGUAUCUUCUGCUUGAACAAAAUCGACUAUUUUUCCCUGCUAGAGCAAUUAUUUUAUACUGUCACAGCUCCAGGACGGUAAUGAGACACAUUUGCCUCUCAACAUCAUGAAAUUGGAAAUACCAUAAUAUCCAAUAUUUCUGCAACAAAAACCUGGACAUGCCAAGAUCAAACUAAAAAACAAAAUGAUUGACAGGUCUAACACGUAUUUUUUUACGAGUAGAAUCUUUCAAAGUCAACAAAAAGUAAACGCUCCUCAUAUCAGCAUAAAGUCAUGAAGGAGGGUACCCACAGGGUUCCAGUUGUUUACUUUUAUUUCUGGUUAGGCUUGUUUGAACAUGAGUGAGGAGUGUCUAAUCAACAACAGCUAAUAACUGAGUAAAUGUUUUAAAUAAAUCGCCAAACCAAACUACACUGCCUCGAUAUUUGUAAAGCAAACCGUGAAGGAAAACGGACAAUAUCCAACUGAUGACACUUUGUCCUUUUUUAAGACUUCUUUCUGCUGCCAUUUGUGCAUUAAAAUGUGUGUGUGUCUGUGAGUUACAUAUCAUUAUUGUGUCUCUCAUUGUUUAUUCUCUCUCAUUUUCAGCUGAUCAAGCAUUUACAGAUGUGUCCAAAGAAGACCAGAAGUUUACUGCUUCCAGAUGUUAUUUGGUAGGUUUAUGAUUGUGUUGUACUGUAGAGAAACCUCAUUAAACAUGCAAAAGUUUAUAUUUUGGUUGCAUGUGAGCUGAGCUGAGGUAAAACCUUAAACAAACAUGUCAUUUAUUUAAAACAAAAUCCACCUAUUUUAUGACAACACAGUCACCAGUUGUUUUAACGAGACAGAAUAACAGCCUGGGGUCAAUAAACAUCAAAAAGUGAUCUGUUUGAAUAUCUUAUGUGCUCUUGUGUGUUGCUUGUUUUGUAGACGACAGAUAAAGAGGCUCCUGGUCUGAUCCGGAUGCAGUCUCUGGCCUACCUGAGCGGUUUUCCAGCCUCCUUUAAAGAGACGGAGCAGCUGAGGGUCAGAUUGCCGUCUGUGAUCACCAGCAAGAUCAAACAGGUAAAGGAGCAGCUAUGAUGACCUGAUCAAGGUUUUUGUGAUCUUUGGGUGUCAGGAGAGUCUGAACUGAUGAAAAGAUUGGCCUGAGUAUUGACUAAAUCUGUAUCUGGUCCUGAUAAUAUGAUUUUAUUAUUUUAAUUUAAAUCCUGGGGAGACACUUGGGGGUAGAAAUCACAUUUAUUGCAGAGAAAAUUACAGCAGGGGGUGGUUUGACCUCUGUCUGUAUGAGUGAUUUACAGUUGUGAACAGCAGGGGGCAGCGUUGCACGGUAAAUAAACAUGAGGCUUGACUUUUUGGCCUUUUUUGAAUAACUAUAUCACCUUCCUGGUGUAGAAUAAAUCCUCUUUUCUGUGAUUUUUAGAAAUUGUCAGUAAAUAGAUAAAAAUAUGACUUCAUCAUAACUGAAUCUGCCACCAGGGGGAGCCCCCACAUGGAUGUUGCUACACCAUAAAUACCACAGAAAUUUACCGUAUCAUAUUGUCGUUUUUGAUCUGUUAAUACGUCCUAUUAGCAUCAGAUCCAAAUGUCAAAGCCUCCUUGGAGAGGAGGUUGCACUGUCCUGCUAAAUAGAGGCUUUUUCUAUUUUAAACAGUUAGGCUCUGAUGCGGAUAAAGAGCCCGUGUUUAGCUUGGCGGCUGGCAGCUUGUGUAUCUAAUAAUUUUCUCUAAUCAGAACUCUGCUUUAUAUUCUGAGAGGGAGGAAUGCCACUAACGAGCGCGGAUUACUUUGAAAUAAUCAAAGAAAACACGGCAGAGAAAACAGAGCGGAGUCACCCUGUCUCACCGACAGACAGACAGGCAGGACGGACAUGAGUCAACUGAUUGUCCCUUCUUCCGAUAAUAAACUCACAUGGCUGAUUAGAAUUAAUGGGCGGCUGAUUAGAUAACACCUUUUGUGAGUGCCUUUGUGUGUGUCAAACACAAGACAGAGGCGUUUUACAUCUGCUCUGCUGUGUUAGUUGGCUCUUCAGGGGCCUGAAAAUAAAUUGUCCUUCAGUCAAAGUCCUUAAAACAUCCUGUUGCCUUAAUUUUGAUUGAAACUAUUAGUCUGUUCAGAUAAAGAAAAGAUUCCAUUUGGCAUAAUCACCCGCUCACCAUACACCAGAAUCUGGGUUUAUUGAGGAUCUGUUUUGGUGCAGAAACAAUGAGCACAGAAUAACAAUAGAAAUAUAAAAAGAAAUAUAUGAGUAAGAAUGUACCAUUUAUUUACCAGCCUUCACCGAAAAUGCAAACAAAUUAAUCGUAUCAAGUUAAAGCUCUUAUGAGGAACUUUUGAUUUGUGUCAACUUUGGUGACGCCCUGUGGACAAGACAGGCAAAGUCUCUGACAUAAAAAUCUUAUCCUGCUGGCUUUUGAUAGCGUCAUUUUAUUGUGAAUAUUUUAUGUGGAAAUUUUAAAUCAGAGCUUUUUCUUGAGCUGCUCAGAUAUAACUCAACUCAAUAACUCAAUGGAUUUUCUCUGUAGUUGACUGAUCAGCCAUUACCAGAAACCCUAAAGGUUGGUUUUUCCAAAUGAAUUGAGAGAACCAUUAAAAAUUACCUCCAUGUUUUUGCCACAGUGUCAACAGGCGGAGCAGAAAAGUCCCUUCCACAGAUUUAUCUGAUAUGAUGUGUGUGAUCUGGUUGUCCCUCUUGCUAUUCAGAACUAAUCACCGCUGUUAUGGGGGUUUUGACCAAUCAGAAUCAAGGAUUAGUGAGAAAGCCGGAUAAUGAAUUAAAUGUAAUGGCAUGAAUAAAAAGAUUGCAGCUGCUGUGUGUCUGUUCUCAAGUAUAAAUAGGGGAGGAUGGCAUCACGGUGAGUUAUUUCAAGAUUAAUGAGAAUGAGAAUUUUUGAUGAAUAAAGUCAAAUGUUUUCAGGCAAAACACAGAAGAAGACACACAUACCUCGAGUACUUAUUCCAGUUAUGUCUUAUUUAAUCUCUGAGUAUAUCACAACAGUCCUUGUGUUAUGUAAUGCUCCAUAGAGUCCAUGUAGAUAUUCACCAGCCUAACUGUGAAAAUCUGGAGACUCUUCUGUGUUACUCUUUACGUAACGAUGCCGUAUGUAAAACUCAGUGAGCACAAACAGGUGAUGGAGCAGCUUCAAACUCACUGUAACUCUGUAUGUGAUGAUAUGUAGGUUAACAGUGUUUAACCUACAUGUCACCAUCAAACCCAGUUGUCCCAUCGAUCCCCGCCUCUGUCUCCAGGUCUUUUGCGUCGUACCCUGGCAGGUCAUGUGAUAAUAACCGGCGGCAUUCAGGCUGUAACCUUAGCUGGCGGUGCGGGGGUUAACAUAAGAACAACUGUUAUGAGUGGCGUGGCGCCAGCCAGCAUGCUGAAAGGUCACAAGGAUUUGACUGACCUUCCCUGCACUUUUGGACACACCCAUCUCAUACAUGUUUGUUUAUGCUUCACAUUACCUGUUGUUGCUUUUUACACAGGGAACAAUGUAGAAAAGAGGCUUUAAAUGGAGGAUGUAGUGAAGCGAAGAUGAUUGUGGGAUGUGUGAGUCCAGGAAAAAGAGGGUGGAAAGUGUGUGUGUGUGUUUGGUUGGAGGGCUUCUUGGUAGACAGGCCCACCACACAAUGCACAGUUUGGAUUUCAAGGUGUUUCCUGGUGUCGCCAGGCCGAUUCUGUGAAAGAGGGAUGAUGUGCAUAGUGUGGAAGAAGAGGUUCAGCAGUGAGAGACGGCUGGUAUUUAUAGCCGGUGUUACAACCAGCGCCAUGGUGAUGAAAGCUGCCCCACAACCUCGAUCACCUGCCCGCUCUGUGCCCUGCUGAGCCCUGCCGUCAGUGUUUUGGGCACAAGCCUGAUGAUGUAUUCAUGUUAGCUUGUAUUGUAUGUGUGAGGAUUCUUUGGUUCACCACAAGGUGUCUCGUCUCCAUUACCAAGCAAGAUUUGAAGGUUUAAGUUACCCUUACAGGAUGAGCUACUGUGUAAAUAUUAAAUUAAAGUUUGAGCUCGAUACAGUGUGAAUUAAUUUGUAAACAGUGUUCGUAUAUAGACUUGAUGAAAUGAGCUAUGCAGCAGCUGCAUUAGACAUAAUAUGUGUGGGAGACAAGCUGCAAGUAGCCUUUAUUGUAAAAUGGUGAACCCUCUGAUGUAGUCGUAGUUAGAUCAAGCAUAUAAAACAUUAGACAUUUGUUUUCAGAGAACCAAAACCAGAACUACUAACUGGUCAUGCACAUUGUUAGUAUUUUUAUUAUUUUAUUUUUAUUUACAUAUCAGUCAUAUGUUGCGGUCUAUAGCACUAGGGUAUGGUGUGAUGAUCACAGCCAUAAUGCUUCAAUGCUCUAUUACUCAGAUGUAAACAAACAUAGAUGAGAGUGUGGCAUAGUUUGGUUAGCCAGAAAGUGUGUGUGUUAGACUAACUUUUAAAGGGAUAUUCCUGCGUAAAAUUAAUUUAGGGUCAAACACACUGUAACACAGAGUUAGACACCCCCCCGAGAGAUGAAUGCUGCCAACCGCUUGCUUCUCAGUUAUACCAACUUUAGUAACGAAUGCACAACAGCAAUACACAGCGGUCUCAGGAGCCAUAAACAAACCUCAACCAUAACACCACUCUAUAGCCACAAAUAAUGCUCAGAACAGCACCUAACUUCAUCAACAGAACAUGUAGGUUCCUAGCCAAAGCACUGGCCACCAAACAGCUUUUUAAGUUUGCCUAAUUUCUUAAGCAAAGAGACUAAACACAACUCACCUACUCUCUUUCUUUUUAGUGACCUAUAAGAGCAAAUAACAAUAUAAGCAGAGAUAUGAGGUACUACUUUGUCCGUAGGGGGCGCCAAAAUGUGUCUUUUUCAGCUUAGAUCUUCCAUUUCAACACUUUGACAUUUUGAUGUUCACUAUACACCUGGACGCACGGUUAGCUUUAGGUUCCUGAAUUUAGGUCAGUUCAUCUAGUUUCUGAUUGUCGGACUGAACUCUUGACUUAGUGCCAUUACAGCGUCUCCUUCCGUCUGCUGAAAAACAUCACUCACCGCAGAAUUAAUCGGUUUACCCAGAGUAUUAACUCAAUCAUUUCUGCACUGAUUACACUUUCUUUUGUCUGUGCAGUCACACACACACACACUAGCCAUGGAGACCACAGAUUAUAACGUAACCACAGUAAAACCCACACGGGACAUGUUAAUGUGGUGAGGAAUAACUUCAGCUGCUGCCCAUGGUCUUCCUCUUGUUGUUCCCUCAUGCCUUGCAUACUGUUUGAUACUUCUGACGCAGCUUGUUGUAGUCAUGAUAAACUAAAACAGAUGCACGUUCUCUUCUGUCAAAACUCCUGCAUUAUCUAGAUUGCUUUAAGAUGAAGCAAUUGUACAUUUCCAAAUGCAGUUAUGAUCAAAAUCAGAAUUCAAUGGUGCCUUCUAUAGGUGUAUGGGCAACCCAUGCCCUUAAUGCACUUAAGCAUCCCCAGACCAUUAGUCCAUGGGCCCGACAGAUGUUUAGUACACUUCAGGGUGGCAAAGGUUCAUCAUGAUUUUUGAAAAGACACGUCUGUAGAUUAUAUUUUUGUAUGAUAACCUUUCCAGGUGCCCAGCUUAAAUAUUGGUUAUCAGCUUAUGAAGUUAACCACCCAUUAAGAUAAACUCGAUUCUUUUGCACUGGUGCAGGGACAUUUCUCAAAAGUUUACAAUAGACUGUUUAGUAUCAUUUUAAAGGGGACCCUUGUGGCUUUCAUUUAAGCCUUUAUGUGUUCACCUUAGACCAACAUGGAAGUCACUAGAGCUCUUUAAAUCACAAAAAAAUCAUAUUUUCCUGCAAUUUUCGCCUACAUGAUAAACUUUCUUUUGGCCAUAUAUCACCCAGAGACAUCAGGGAUACAAGAAUUACAAACUUGGGACUCAUAAGAUUCAGAAAAUGUGUAACAUACCCAUACUAUCUCUUUAUGGGAGGUGACUGUGUGGAGUUUUGAGAAGUCAGAGUUUUAGGCGAGAAUCUUGGUUCUGCAGGAAAUGUUCAGGGGGCAUCUCCCAUCUGGGAUAUUAGACAGAACAGAAAAUUGAAAAAAACCCUUAGAAUGCAUUGAUUCUGUACAUCAUCGAUACUGGCUUUUAAAUUGUGCUCUGAUAACAAAUUGAGUGGUCCAUUUUUGAGGGAGGAUACAGCGUCCAUGAUUUACAAAAAGAGUGUCGAAUUUUGAUACAUCAGGACAGUUUCCUACUUCUCCUCAGACGAGCCAGAGAAGUUACUGACAUUUCUGGGUCAUGUUAAUGUUGCAGAAACAGACUGUGAUCACAGAUAGUGUUUUUUUUUUUUUUGGAGUGACUUUGAGCCCAUGCUGUGAUUUCCCCCACAGAGUAAUGUCUGUUGUAAAGCAGUGCAGCCUGAGGGCCCAAAGGUCACAGACAUCCAGCGCUGGUUUUUGUCUUUAUCCCCUUCGUACAGGAAUUUGUCCAGACUCUCUGAGUCUUUUAACGAUAUAUUGUUGAUAAUUAGUCUUUAUUAUUUUUUUCAUAACUCAGAAAAUCAACUAUAUUAUUUUGGAGGUAUUUCUCAACCUGAUUUUAUAAAGCAUGACACAACUUUUUUAGUGUUUUGUUGUCACUUCCCCAACGUUUUUUGCAACAUGUUCCUGUUGUAAAGUUUUUUCAUGAUACAAAUUUAUUUAACUUCACUGUCAACAUUUAAUGUGUCAUCCUUGCACUAAUUUCAAAUGAAUCUGUUUUUAAUUAACAUUUACACAGCCUCAUGAUCCGUAGUGUCUUUAAAGUUUGGGCUUUAUUGGAUUUAUUCAUACUAUCAGUCUUGUGUUGUUUGUGAGUUUUUAGUUGUUUACUCCCCUCAGCAGUCGGGCACAUGCCUGUCUGAGGCCACCACACACCUCUGCUUUGUGUGCAUGUGUUCGAGCAUUAUCAGGACUAUAAAGAGAGCUAUAACAAAGAUGAGAAAUGUGAUCCCCGGCCCGCUGUCUACUGGCUGCUCCCUGCCGGGUUUAUAAGACACAGCUAAUCCUCCUCACCUAAAAACAGGAGCAGAGAAAAGCGAAUGAGAUGAGGCGCAGCACGAGUUCAUGUGGGAUGUUUGGUUCAUUUUUGGAUGAGGGAGGGUGAGAGGGGGACAGUCUUUUCCUGGCAAGCUUACAGUUUAAAAUGAUGAGAGAGGCAGGGGCAGAUGGUUGUAAAAUGGGCAAGGCCAGGGGAUUCUCUAGCACAUGCAUCACACACAUACACACCGAGCCCACCAGUGCUUCACAUAGCUCUCUCAAUUUCAGACGGGGAGCAACUUCCAAGUGACCUCCAUGGAGAAAAUGACCUCAGCGAAGUUUCCUAUCUCUGACUUCUUCUCACAUAAACACACAAGCUCAAAGCGUCUUUACUUUGACCAUUUUAGCUGCAGGUUCAAAGCUUGUUAUCAAAUUAAUUCUUUCAGACGUCCUCUAGUGAUGGACUGAUGGUCUAUAUUCCAGGCUUGGCACUGAGGAUGAACCCUGUCCCUUAACACGUGACUUCAACUCUGAGAAAUUGCUUUUUAGGAAGUUCCCACAGUGAAUUAGGUGGUUUGUUUGUUUGUUUGUUUGAUUCACGUGGAGGGGAACUUCUUUUAUUUUACAAAUGAUAGUAAGGCAGCUUCAUUCAAGUGGAUCAGAGCUUUUUCAAAUAAGAUUUUGGGCUUGGAAAAUGGUGGCAAGUUAAACAAAAUUUGCCUCAUAUCAAGGGAUACUUGAGGCUUCAUUUUCUCCAAUUUCAAGACUAAAACAACUCAAACUUUAUUUGGGCUUUGAGCUAAACAUCCUCAUUGAAUGGUCUUCCCCUUGUGCGUCUCUGCUGAGGAAUUAUAACUCUGUCAAACAAUGAACAUUUUCCUGUUGUUGUAUUUAUUCUCUCUACAGUUUGAGCUGUACUCUGAAGCCAGCAUCGCCCUGCUCCACCUAAAAACCCCACAGGAUUUCACAGAUCUGGCCCAGCAAGCCAAAAAGAACCUGACUCUGGACGGGAAAGAGUUAACCAUCAACCCUGCCUACUUGUUUUGGGACCUCACGGCCAUUUCACAGGUAUCACUGGUCCUCUUUACCUCUUAACACUGUUGAUGCAAUGGUCUUAAUUUUUUUUUUUUAUUGGAACAACCACAUUAGGGCAGCUGGUAGAGUGUGUACAGUUCAGGCAGUUAUUACAGCUGUUGGGAAACUUGGGUUUCACACUCUUACCUGGGGACCCCACUGGAUCUGGAAUGACUCCGCUCCUCUCCGGACCGGCAGGCGAAUCGGAUACGCAAACAGCGCCCACUGGAUCCGAUCCGCCGCUGCCAUCUGAGAGGAAGCGCAAGCGAGAUUGCUGAUAUUUCUUUCAAGACUGAACGAGCUCUCGCGUGUGUCCGAUCGGUGUAUAUUAACGGCGGUGUAUAUAAACAGCAGUGUAUGUAAACACCAAUAUCCCACAAACCUGGCCUCUCCUAUUAUCAAGUUAAGAACAGUUCAAUGUUUUGACUUUAUUUUAUUUUGAAAGUUAACUGGCGUCCAGCAAAAAUAGAAGCCUUGUGUAUCUGAUCCAGCCCCUGGAGCCGAUCCGCAGCGGAGCCGGAUGGCAGACGGCUUCUGUGGAAUGACACUCAUUGAUUAUAAAGUUUGCGUAUUUGAUCUGCCUUCCGUUCCGGGCCCUGUAGGUUUUAGCCCUUACCGGUUUACCUAUUAGUGUUGGAACUCAGAGCUUCAAAAAUCCAAACUUUUAAAGUCUUCCCAGUGUUGGAUAAACUAGAAUGUGUGUUUAGUGUACUCUGAUAGAUAUGACGACAAGUACACUAGAGACUGUGUAUUGCUUGAGUCCCUUCAAAAUAGAUAAACAAGUUGUGUGAAUGUCUGUUUAAGUCCUUACAACAAAUGGGUGAACCAGAAGUUGUGUGAGUGAGAGUCCUCAUAAUGAUAGUUAAACCAAGUCACUUCAACAAUGGGUGAACAUUAAAGUUUGUGUCACUUUAAGUCCCCACAAAUGUUUCAUGAGUUCAAGACCCCACAAUUAUAGUUUAAACAGAAACUGUGUAUCACUUGAGCGCCCUCAAUAAAAGCUUAACAUGAAAAUUUGUGUUAAUUUAAGUCCUAACUCGAUGUAAUCAAAAACUACAAGUCUCCACAAUGAUGGGUAAACCAGAGAGUGUGUUGUGCUUGUGUCAGUCAACAUGAGUGUAUGCAUCAACUCAAGUCUCCACAGUGAUUGAUAAACAUGACAGUGGGUGAGUUUAAGUCUCCACAAUGAUGGAUGAAAUGAAGUCUCUCUGAUGUCCUCGAAACCUUUCCAUGUUUGUACUUCUUUGGUACCCCCUAAUGUUUGUCCCCUCAUUAGUCGAAACAGGAUGAAGACGUAUCUGCCAGCAGAUUUGAAGAUAAUGAAGAGCUCCGCUACUCACUGAGAUCUGUGGAGAGGCAUGCUCCCUGGGUGCGCCACAUUUUUAUUGUCACCAACGGGCAGAUUCCCUCGUGGCUGAACCUGGAUAACCCCAGGGUGACGGUCAUCGCACAUCAGGUAUCCCCUAAAAUUAUGUACAUUUCCUAUGUAAUAAUGCGAUGAAUUCACCCACAGUAUUUGCCUUUAUAAAGCACACAUUUAUAAAGACCCACAUCCAUCGCAUCCCAGCCCAGAUAAAUGCAGACACGUAUACGACUCUCCUACUGUAUUAUACUCUUGCACUUUUUUGUAUUUUUGCACCGUGGGUCUUUUUGAUUCAUGUGUAUGUACCCACACAUGGUAGAGAUUGACAGUGAAAACCUUGAAUUGAAUCUUGAAUCACACAUAUUUAUGUCACCUGUGCAGUAUUGAAAUAAUAUGCUGUUCUUCUUUUACCAGGACAUCUUCCAGAACCACAGCCACCUCCCCACUUUCAGCUCCCCUGCCAUAGAGACCCACAUCCACCGCAUCCCAGGGCUCUCCCAAAAGUUCAUUUACCUCAACGAUGACGUGAUGUUUGGUAAAGAAGUGUGGCCCGAUGACUUUUACAGCCACUCCAAAGGACAGAAGGUGUGAAUGAAACACCCAAAGUGCUCACUAGACGAUCUUGCUUAUGUGUAAAACAAGCUGACCUUUAACUUUUACUGUCCUUGCAUUCUUGCAGGUAUAUCUCACCUGGCCUGUCCCUAACUGUGCUGAGGGCUGCCCAGGAUCCUGGAUCAAGGACGGCUACUGCGACAAAGCCUGCAAUAACUCCGCCUGCGACUGGGAUGGAGGAGACUGCCUUGGUAGAGAUCAGCAACAUCUUUUCCCUUGUUUUGACAAGCGAAAUUCCUCUACUCAUGUCUGUUUUAUUCCUUGUCUCUGAUAGGUGCAGCGGGGAACAGCCGGUUUGCUGCUGGGGUUGGCGGCGGUGGGCCUGGUGGAGCAGGUGGACAGGUGUGGCAGUUUGCGGGCGGUCUAGGAGGUCUUGGCGGUACCUCAUACUGUAAUCAAGGCUGUGCCAACUCCUGGUUGGCAGACAAGUUUUGUGACCAGGCCUGCAAUGUUCUGAACUGUGGUUUUGAUGUUGGAGACUGUGGCACAGGUGAGUUAAAUGAUCACGCAUAAAUACUCAUAGUUUCCAGACAAUUUUUUGUAGAGCCUCUGUCUGGUUUCUAAAGCUCCUCAUAACCCCAAAAUUUACGCAAAAGUCAUGCACUAGUUAAAGUCCCCACUAUUGCAUUAAAUCAGAAAGUGUGUGUUUAGGUCCCCACUUUUAUACUAAAACAAGAAAGAGUGUAAGUUAAAGUUUUAUUGUAUUUUAAGCGUCGUUCAUUGUAUGUGUUUAUUUUUGUUCGUAGAGCACUUCAGAGAGCUGUACCAUGUGACCCUGCUGAGGAAUCAGACCCUGUACACCCUCCCUGUAGGUGAAACCCGUCCGUAUUUCAGCUUUGACAAAUUUGCCCGCAGAGUCUCUGAGGCCCAUGUCAGCGACAACAAUGCGGUUCGCCACACUUCUGUCGCCAACAAGUGGAAGACCAUCCAUCUCCUUCUCCAUUCAGGCCACAACGCCACCCAGAUCCAGUAUAAUCUCACUCUGCAGGGAGAAGAUGAAACAGAGUUCACUAUGAGCUUUACGGUAGCUGUGGAUACCCGUGUGCUACCUCAGGCGAACGUUUCACAGGCUUCCAGCAAAGAUACAGGCAAAGAGUCAACACCGACCCCGACUCCAGAGCCUGUGUUUCUUUUCUCAGACAUUCCUGAGGAGAAACAGGGUCCGAAGGUCCUAAAGAAGCUCCCUGAAGCCUUGAUAGAAGUUCCCACCUUAAAUGUGUCACUUCUCCCUGCUGCAGUACGAAAUGAGCUGCAGAAGCUGGAGGAGAAACUCCUGAUUGGUGACAUUACUAUCAAGGGUUACAACCUCACAAAGGCUGAAAUUUUAAAGCCUUAUGACACAAAUCAGGAGGCUAUUACUUCACAAACAGAUAAUGAAGGUGUCGUCAAAAUGAAGGCAAAGCCGUAUAAAGACUUGGAAGGAGAGGGAUUGGAGGGGAAUCAACUUGCCAAAGAUGAAGCCAAAAUUAGUGACCCAAAAAAUCCAAUUUUGAAAGAAGAAAUGUCCAAGAAAAACGAAUCUGUGCAGAAAUCAGCUGUUACUCCACUUGUCCCAGUCCAUAUUGAUGAUCAACCGAUGAAAGACCCUAUAACCCCCAAACGUUAUAAUAUUAAUGCUGCAAUUGAGAGGCCUAUAAUUUCCAAACUGCUAGGCAGUGUUUCUAAAACUAGGAGUGCAGAAAAUCAGGCAGAACCGGCUGAUGCUGCCGGUAACGGUCCGGUAGGGAGGAGGCUCCAACACUUCAUCUCUUCAGACAGAGGCUUCCUGCCGUGGGAGAGGAGGAAGUUCUUCCAAGAGUUGCUGGAGGUGAAAUAAAGCUACAACUUUCACUCCUUUUUCUGCAUUUUGAUCCUUUUUUAAAUAUAUUUAUCUUUUUAUGAUGACUCGACAGGAGGAGGAGCGUCUGCAGAGAGAGUUGUCGUAUCAGACUGAUGGUGCCGCAACAGGCCGCAAGUUGCAGGACACUUUUGCCGACUCGCUGCGCUACGUCAACAAGCUGCUCAACAGCCAGUUUGGAUUUACGUCCCGUAAAGUCCCCGCACACAUGCCUCACAUGAUCGACCGGCUCAUCAUGCAGGAGCUGCAGGACACGUGAGCCUCUUACAGAGUCUUUGUCACUCUUUUCAAAGUAUAUAUAAGAAGAUGCAACAUGUGUAACUGCUCUAAUUUUUACCCUCAGAUUCCCAAAAGAGUUUGACAAGACAUCAGCCCACCGUGUUCGCCACUCAGAGGACAUGCAAUUCGCCUUUUCCUACUUUUACUUCCUGAUGAGUGCUCAGCAGCAGCUCAAUGUGUCUGAGGUGUUUGAUGAGAUCGACACUGACCACUCGGGCGUCUUGUCCGACAGAGAGAUAAGAACUCUGGCCACGAGGAUUCAUGAGCUGCCUCUCAGCCUUCAGGUGAGUCCUGGCUUUGAUAAAUCUCCUCUCCCUCACUUUAAAACUUUCAUUUCUAUUUGAGCACUAUGUGUUUGGAGAAUCGAUGGAAUAUUUCUUAUUUCCCUCAUAACGUUUAGGACCUAACCGGCCUGGAGCAGAUGUUGAUAAACUGCUCUAAGUCUCUCCCGACUAACCUGACCCAGCUCCACCUGGUGAACCCAACGCAGGAGGCUUACUAUGACCCCAGCAUGGUGAGCUGGACUAAUUAAUUCAUGCUUUAUCUUGUGUUCCUUGCGUGUUUUUAAAAACUACAUCAUUGGACUGAAAUCCUGCUCUUUUGAAACCACAGCCUCCUGUCACCAAAGGCCUCAUUUUGCACUGCAAGCCAAUUACAGAGCGCAUCCACAAAGCCUUCAAAGACCAGAAUAAGUACAAGUAAGAGCCUCAGUCUGUAUAACAGCUGUAUAAAUGUUUAAUGCUUUCUCUUACACUGCUGUUAACAUGCCUCCUUGUGGACAGGUUUGAGAUCAUGGGGGAAGAGGAGAUAGCUUUCAAGAUGGUGCGGACAAAUGUGUCUCAUGUGGUCGGCCAGUUGGAUGACAUCAGAAAGAAUCCAAGGUAGAAGCGACUCUUCAGUGAUCACACUUUUGUUUUACCAAAGAUUUCCUUCCUUCAACCAGAGUUGACAUUUUUUUUGCCUUUUCCUACCGAACAGGAAGUUCAUCUGUCUGAAUGAUAACAUCGACCACAGCCACAAAGAUGCCGCCACAGUGAAAGCUGUGCUGAGAGACUUUUACGAGUCCAUGUUUCCUCUGCCGUCUCAGUUUGAACUUCCCAGAGAGUAUCGCAACAGGUUUCUACACAUGGAGGAGCUCCAGGAAUGGUAGGAGGAGUUGUCUUUUUUCUGACUUGUACAUGGGUAAUUAAACCAGAUUAAGGCAUACCUGCCAACAUUUGGGUCCGGGAGAAUUUUGCGGCGCGCCGGGCAGUUUUGGGGUGACCUUGUACGGUGGAUACGAGCUAAUUAUGAGAGUAUUUGUAAUAAGAUUGCUCAUCCAAAUAAGUACAGCUCUCAAAUAAGUGAAGCUGCACACUUUUUUGUUUUAACAAUAACAAAUGGUAAUAAAAAGUAAUAGCUGUGAUAUGCCUUGAUCUUAUUUAGUCCACUAACAUUGGUGUUAAGGUCCUCACAUGUUUUACAUGCUCUCCCGUAUGAGUCUCUCUGAAUAUCUGUGCGUGCAAUACAGCACUCUUCUAUCUGAGGCUGCGGAAGUGUUCGUUUUGCAACAAACACUGUUUAAAUAUAGUUUACAGCUUAAACCGACCUGAAUACCUGAAUACCUGAAUAAUCCCAAAUUUUUAAGUAAAAGUAUAGAUCCAGUGUCUGUGAGGCUCAGCAGAAACACAGGACAAUCUUCGGUUGUCUGCAAACCUGGCAACUUUGGACGAAUAUAGUGAUCCGAUUCAUGAAUGAACGUGGACCAUGCAAACUACGGGAGAUUCCCGGGAGAAAUUACAAUAUGGGAGGUGGGCAGGAGAUAGGUCUGAAAUACGGAAGAGUUUCAGGAAAAAUGGGAGUGUUGGCAGGUAUGGAUUAAGGUGAGCUACUACUGAGCAUGCAACCGUGAUUAAAAGCAUAGUUGUGCUUUCGGUCCACCUCUCCAAACUUAUAAAAACUUUAAAACUAUUGGCUGAAUUUGGCCUACAUGCAUUCUAUGUGAAUGCAUGUGAAAUUAUACAGAUGCAACCUGUUAUUUAGUAUUUCAGCUCACAUCUUCAAAGCAGGAGGACCUUGGCUCGAAAUUAAGUAUUUAUAUUUCUAAAUGAUACAGGCCUGUAGGGGAUUCACAAUAGGUCAAUGUUUGAGCAGGUAGUUAAUCCAGCUCUUUUUUUCCUCCGCAGUCUAAGUCAAGAAUCUUUGUCUGUCACCGCAGCAGAUGGAGUGUUACCAGGUUGGAGUGAUGGGAAUCUCACAGGGCUUUAGAGGACUUAAGUCAGGGACCCUGCUCCUGAAUUCAGGGGCUCCACCUUGAGAAGGCCUUCCUCGCAUAGAGACUUUAAAAUUAGACCAAGCCGCUUCAGAUCAGUUGCUCGCUGUGAUGUACUUAUUAGAUCCUCACAUAGCUGCGUCUCUCGUCUCCUUCCACCUCCCUCUUCUGUCUGAGGGUCGGUAAAGUAGCUGGCACAUGGCGGCGGGUGAUGUCACCUUGUCACCCUGUUGCCCUGCUGCCCUUUGCAUACUGCACGUUUUCCUCUUGUUACAUAAAAGCACAAGCAACAUCUCCAACAGAAAGACAUGCCACCUCUGACAUUUGACAUCCAAUCCAGACCCUGCUUUUCUUUGCAUCUUUACCUAUUAGUGUUUGAGAAUAUACUACUUAAAAUCUGUGUCUCCUCAGGCGGGUGUACCGGGACAAGUUGAAGUUCUGGACGCACUGUGUCCUUGUGACGCUUGUCAUCUUCACCGUCAUGUCCUUCUUCGCCGAACAGGUCAGUCCUUCCACCCGAGGUCGCACACACUUUAUUGACAGAUAAAGACGCUCAAAAAAUUCUUUCACGCCUCCCCGUUUCCAUGAUUCACACUUGAGCUAUGAUUCAGGCCUGUGCUGCCGAUAUUCCACCCGGGAUGUUUCAGGCUCCGAUGUCAUGCCGGCUUCACAGAAAUGACAGACCCCUAGCAGUCCUCUGUGAAACCUCAGACUUUUCUGUCUUUGUUGACACAUUUCCACUGUAAUUAAUAUGAACUAUCUUCACCAGAAAAGCAAAAAUAAAUCUAGACGAGCACGCAGAAUUUAAAACCCAUGAUGGAGUUGUCAUUGUUCUAAAUUUGUCGCCGGAAAGAAACACAAAUGUCAGGAAUUGUUAAACAAAUACUACUCAUCCUUGGUAUGGCAUCCAGAGUUUGAGGGGCACAUCCUUAAUCCAAAGGUUUCCAGUUUCUCCUCACUGAAUCUAAACAAAGGUUAAUAGUUGCCGUGACCUUAUGAGAAUUUCCCCCCAACAACCCAGGGGACCAUAGUUACCAGUUAGGCAUGUGUCACACUGGUCCAGUGUUUCUGUUGCCACCGAGAAACAGACCUCUGAUGUCCUCUUGGCAUCACAUGCGACCUUCUGUCCCGCUGCCCAGGUUAUUAAGAUAGAGAAACAUGAGUGAGCUUUGUAGAGUUUAUAUUAAAGAGAUCAGCAGUGUCUUCACUCCUGAGGGAUGAGGUUUUUGAUCUGCUGCCCUUCUAAGAUUAUCUGUGCUCCUUGUCUCACAAAGGUCUGAGGCGUCCAGGUCCCUUAUUAAUAAGCAGGACUUCAUUUCUGAGAAAGAGCAAAGUAUUUAUGGAAAGAUUUGUCUGAGUGUGAUAGAAAAUCUAGAUUCCCUUUUUUAUCUAUCUGUUAAAGGAAGCUACAGUUCAGUUUGGUCUUAAAGAAAAACAAAACACAAAGCAUACCACAAAAUGAAUAAAAUAGAAAAGCAUUUGUACAGGAGUAGUAGGAACUUUUUAACUUGUUAUAGAUAAACAACACCAAGAAAUGCAGAAAAAUAUGUCAAAAAAAAAAACACAAAAUCCCCACUUUACACUCAAGAUUGCUUUUUCCUUCCUUCAAAAACUAUGGUCACAUUGCAAGAACUCAAAUUUUAGCCAAUAUUGCACAUUACACUUAAAAUAAGUCACAUUUAUCUAACAAGUCUGGACAUAAAUAUAUUAUUUUAAAUUUAGGCCUGAAAAGUGUAUUCCAACUCUGAAUGCAAAAUUUAGUAAGUAUAUCUAAGUUUACUGAAUUUGUAUCACAGCAUGUCUCAUCGGAAAAUGAGACUUGUUAAAACUUCAUACUGAAAAACUGCUAAACUGCUGACAUGUAAGUAAGUGGCAAGACAUGUACAGCUGAAUGUCAGUUGCAUAUAAUUAAUAAGAGACACCUAUGAAUGUCCUUGUAAGUGGGAGCAGGUUUAAAGAAAACAUCAGAGGGCCAAGGACAGAACCCUGAGGGACUCCACAAGACAGAGAGUCCCAUAUUUACCGGCUGCAACUGAAAAAGUAUACAGAUGUAUAUUGUGAUUGUCUGUCGAGUCAUUAAAACUGAGCUGUAGCUGAAGCAUCGAGUUUGUUUGAGGUUGUUUUGAGGUUUUGUUUUGUUACUUGUAAUGUCAACUCUGAAAUCAAUGUGCCAUCACACAUAUACUCAAUAAAUAUAAAGCAGUCUGCCACAUAUCGCUCCAUUUCAGUCUGUCUACACAUACCAGGCUGGAUAAAGCCUACUCUAACUGAUCCUGUCUCCUGUAAAUCACUCAUUCUCUUGCUAACAGGCAUCAUAAAGCUCUCUCAGCUGCAGUGUCUAAUUACACCAUUACCUCUCCCUACAGCUGAUUCUGCUUAAGAGAAAGCUGUUCCCCAGGCGUAGGGUCAACAGGGACAGCAACCCUGAGCGGGUGUGAGAGAGGAAGACUCCCCUCACCUCUCAUCCCCCUUUUCUCCUGCUCAGUAGAAGAACCAGGAGAGGAAUCAGACCAGGGGGACUGGGUGGAAACAGGACUCUGAAGUCCCACCGACGCUGGUGUUGCAUCAGCACGGACUGAGGAUACUCAUGAGAAAUGGUGAUGAAACAUUUUUCCAGGAGAUGAUGGAUGGGGCUGGCCAAUGGAAGGAAUGGAAGCCAGAAAGAAGAAACCUGUAGAUCCUCUUCUCCUCCACUGGGGGCAUGUGGGACUUUGUGCUUCCGCCACAGUUAACACUCACAAAAACAAACACUCCCUCACGCUGCACCACCCGUCUUGUGUCCUGCCCUCACCGAGCCACUGACUGAUGUGCUGUUAAAGUGUGAAACACUUGAUAGCAGCAGGUCAGGACUCAUAAAGUGUGUGUGUGUGUGCGUGUGUUUGUGUUUAUUGAGCUUCACGAAAGUUCGACCAUAAAACUGACACUCUCUUGUGUUUCAGCUCAAAGGAUCUUCAGAUUUAUCCGUCUCUAGAGGGACAGGAAACAAUCUGCAUCUUUGUUAUGAAUUCAGAAAAUGCCAAACUAAAGAUGGUACAAGCAUCUUCAUCAUAUGCUUUGUGCUGCUUUUCUUUGUUUUAAAUCAUUGGAAAUUGAAUAUAUUUGGGAUUUUUGAUUGUUUGUACAACAGACAAGGACAUACUAAGACUUUGCCUUUGGUUUGCUGGGAGUCAUGAUGGAAAUCUUCUAUCUAAUGAUUGCUGAUUGGCAAGGAAUUGGUACUUGAAUUGUGGAUAUUUUUCCGCUUUUACCGAGCUGACUUUAUUUUAUUAAAAAAUGAGGAAAAUUACAUGUAGGAUAAUGCAAAUAAUUUAAGCAUCAGUCGUCAUAUCUUUCUCUGUUGUAUUUAAAACCACAAAAACUUGAAGUGCCUUCAUUUUCAUUCCUACUCCUUUGAACUUUUUUGUCUCGCAUGUUUCUUUUUUUUAAAUGUCUGUCACAUCACACCCUAAUCUGGUGAUCUAGACUAAGAAUGAAUGGGAACUAGGAUAUUAUCAUUAUUGUCCUCAUGUAGUACAGAUGUUAUUGAUUGUUGGAGCAACAUCAAAGUAUUGCUACAGCUUUCACAGCCUCCUGUAUGUGUGUUCCUGUGGGACUCAACGGGCUGGCUACUGUCUGAAAUUCAGACCCCCUCAGCAUGUCGUGUAACUUAUUUUGAUUGCAUUAUUGUGAAGGUAAGCCUGGUGAAUGAUGCAUCUGGAAACGAAUGCUACAGAAUGUAAACACAGCCUUGGAUAAUGCUCGUGAGAUGUUCAACGUUUUUCUGUCAGUUUUUCAAAGUUCUUUGAUAUAACUAUAAAAAAAAAAGAAGUGAUGACUUUGAAUGUCAGUGUUGGAUGGGUCCAUAACGGUACUACUACAUGAUAUGAUGAUAAAUCAUGAAGUUCAUCAGAUUGCAUUGAUUCAGUGGCUCCUAAAACUGAAAUAAAUGUGAUUUGGUUCUGUCAAUAUGGUUUCUUAUUUAUUUUUUGGUCAUGU